CGGCGAAUUAGCUCAGGAGCGGCAAUUCUAUAGAGGAGCAAUGUUUAGGGCUCUACAAGUGGCACUGCGCGAUGUAAGACAGAGCCGUUACGACUACAAUGAAGAGCGGUUCGUUCCAAGCAGUCGAAAAGGCAAAAGAGUGCGCGUCUCAGACACAUCAGCUGGAGCUGCAUCGGGAGACGAGAGACGAGAAGCUGCGGGAGACGAGAACGUCUCGCCAUGAGACCACAACGAACAAUGCAGGAAGGAGUACGCCCAGAGCUGGGAUGGCUGUGUAACCACCUUAACCCUGUAACCACUCACCUUUAUCAGUAUGUCUUGUACUUAGACUUUUUUUUGUCGUCUUUGCCUUUUUUCUUCUUGUGCAGGCGUUUUUGGACUUAGUCGGAUGUAUAGAAACUGGAUUCAUUUUCUUAUUGUG